AUGAGUGAUGGUUCUAAAUGUCAAAACGUUUCGCAGCCCGAAAUAAAAAAAAGGACGACGCAAUCAGUCAUAAGGAAUACUGCUGAGCUGUCAUCUGACAAUCAAGACAUGCAGCAACAACAGCAGCAGCAGCAGCAGCAGCAGGAAGGAACAAAAGUCAAUAGAAAGAAGCAAACAAAAGCUUCAUCUUUACAAUCUGAAGACACAUUGCCUCUCAAUGUUGAUGAAUCUUCAACUGAGAACACAACUACUCUACCUCAACACAUUCAAGAAAGGGUUGCUAAGAGCUUGAGAGACCCAAGCUCUCGUCAGAAAGCUAAGAAAGAAAUCGUGCUUACUGUGUUGGACUAUGCUGGUCAGAAUGUGUUCUAUGUCACACAUCAUUUGAUCAUGUCAAAAGCUGGUUUUGUGUACAUUGUGUUUAAUGCUUCUCUACCAAUGGACGGCAAGACUCCAUGUCAGUUUCGCUCAGAAGAUGGAAAAAUUAUCCACAUUCCUUUGUUUGAUAACGAAACAAACUUUGAUCGAUUGGAAGAAUGGGUAUCAGGUGUUCAUAUCAUGGAAGGUGAUCAGUCACGUCGUAUCAUGAUAUUUGAGAAAGAAGGAAUCAGAUCACCUGCCAUGUUUCUAGUAGGGACACAUGCUGAUGAGCUAAAGGAGCAACCAGAGAUGAUGGAGAAACAGGAUGCAUUCAUAAGGAAGAAACUGGAGGGCACAGUGCUGGCAGAGCAUAUCAUCUGGGCAUCUAAAGAUGUAAUGUGUUUCUAUGUGGAUAACACAGUGACAGAUCCAGACAGUGGAUUCGUAGAUCCACAAGUGAAAUUACUUUGUCAGAAGACAGAGGAGGUGGCUCACGCGGUGGCUCAACAUCACAGAUUGCCGAUCAGAUGGCUCAAGUAUGAGCAGAAGGUACGAGAAGUGAAAGUCUCUUAUCCACAAAAGAAGACGACAACUGUUGAUGAAUUACUGCAGCUUGCCAUGAAUGCUGCUGGAAUCAAAAGUCGAGAGGAGCUGUUGGUGUUGCUGCAGUAUUUGAGUAGUCGUGCAGUGUUGAUGUAUCAUCCCAUGGCAUUGAAGAGUGGAGAUGAUGAAGAAGUCGUGUUAGAUGUGGAAUGGUUUGUAUCACAGCUGCAGAAAGUGAUCACGAUAUACAUGGAAGGUGAUGUUCCUCCCAUGUUAUGGAAUGAUGUAAAACGCAGCAAAGAGAAAGGCAUCAUGACAAUGUCUCUUGUGAGACAUCUUUUAUCAGAUGCCGGUUCUGCUCAACGUCUCAUUGUGUCACUGAUGAGGCACUAUGAUUUGCUGUGUGAGUAUUCUGUUAUUGAAGAGGAAAAUAUAGGGAAAGCAAAUUGCCAAGAUUUCCUUAAUUUUGAAGUAGAAAGCAAAGGUCCAUUGCAUAGUGAGGAAGAACAGAACAUGUUUGAGAGAGACGCUUGCUUCAUUCCUUGUCUCCUGGAGCAUGCAGUUGGUCUUGAAUCAGAUAAGAUGAAUGACGAGCUGAAGUCAUUGCCUCUUAUCUUGUCAUCUGCUCCCAUCCGCAUUCCUCAGCCAUUAUUCUACAGAAUACUGACUCUUCUGUGUAAACGUUUUUGUCGCUUGGCAGUUAUUUAUCGCAAUGUGGGCUACUUUCACAUCUAUCCUGGUCAUCGACUGGAGUUUGCUCUUAACAGAUACAACUUUCAAAUGACUGUGUUGUCACAUACAGCACUCAAUGCCAAGGUGUGUGUUGCUAUUCGUGAGUGGAUUGUGGAUGCUGUCAACAAGGCGAAACAGCAAGGAAUGGCAGGUCUGAAGUUGCAUUUGGGAUUUAUGUAUGAAGCAUCGAUUUCAGAAUCACAAAGUUGUACAGUUGAGUUUAUCUCUUUGAAUGGAUAUCAACAUACUCGUUGUGAGCUCUACAGCAGUGUGACAAAAGAUGAAAUUCAACCUCCUGACAGACUUUCUCUUUGGUAUCCACAACUUAAGUUUUCAGACACUGAAAUGAUGUCAACAGUAUGUGGCACAUCUCAGCCAUUACAGCAUAAAUCUAUCAGCUAUAUGACACCAGUCAAGUCCCUCAUUGAUGAACCAACUGCAACCUGUUUGUUGGCAGUGUCUAAACUUCUAGAUGAAGAUGAUGAUCUAGGAGAUGACUGGAGGAGGUUAUGGUCUGAGCUGUUAAACAGACCUCUUAAUGAAGACGUGGUGAGCAAGAAGUGUGUGAGCUCCACUCUUUAUGUGCUAAAGCGAUGGUGCAGGAUGGUAAUUCCUAACGAAGCUACAAUAGGACGACUGAUAAAGGCUGUUAGUGCAAUAUACAGAAAUGAUGUUGCUUGUGUGCUAGAAGAAUACUGCCAGAGCUCAGACACACGUACUACAAUGCCGAGAUCACCUGCAACCACAGAUGUGACACCUGAGGAGUUAAAUCAUCUUGUUGACAAGAUAGAAGGAUGUUGGCAAGAGUUUGCUUCAGUUCUUGCACCCAACCUGUUUGAAGUUACAGGAAAAAUUGCUGCCAUAAAACAAGAUUAUCCUACUUCUGCAUGCCAAGCUAAAGCUAUGUUGGAAAUUUGGUGUAACCAGCUUGGUACUAAACGCCAGCAACAUUUACUUAUUGGUGCAUUAAUUCAACGAGGACUAAGAUCUCAGGCAGAUGCUGUGUUUGGAGUAGAAGUUGUGAAUGAGAUGUUGAAAGGUACAAGAACAAGUGGCAGGACAGACUGAUUAGACUAGACAAGAGCAUCUGCAUACAUUCAGUGACGAGACAACAUAGGAUCUGUUGUUCAUAGCUUGACAUAUGACGGGCUUCAUUCAAGUCUUGAUACCAAGAAUUCAAGUCUUGAACAGCAACAUUCUAUAGCUCUAAUGAAUUAAGAUAAAAAAAAACGACUGUUGUACGUGUCAACAUUAUAAACUGUAGUACAGUGUACAUAUGUGGUGAUGAACGUAUGGUAAAUGCAAGUAGAAAUAUUGCAGUUAAUGUUUGAGUGGCACAUGUUGUAUUGCCAAUCAGUAUGUAUAGUACAACAGAAUGCAGUUUAGAAUACUGUCCAUCUACUGACAUAUGAAGUAGCAGGCCAUCUGUCCAUGUUGGGUUUACAUGGAGGUCUCGGAUGACCACACAGGAUGUACAUACCAAUACACCAAUACAACAUCAGCCGUUGGGUCACAU